AUGGAUGCUUCCAUGAAUGCCAAACAUGGUGAGGAUGUUGAUUCACUUAAUCAUGAAACGUGCGGCUGGGGUCCAUUCCGGCCAAGAUGUUGUCAGCGGUUCCGAAGUCCUCGCUAUUUACUUCUGUGCCUUUGUGGAGCUUCCUUUAUACAGGGGAUGGUUGUGAACGGCCUCAUCAGUGUAGUGAUUUCCUCAUUGGAGAAACGAUACAGCCUCAGCAGCUCUGAAUCUGGACUCAUUGCUAGUUGCUAUGACAUCAUGUCAGCAAUUAGUCUCAUUCCGAUCAGUUAUUUUGGCGGUAUCGGUGUGAAAUCACGAUACAUAAGUCUGGGUCUGAUGUCCAUAGCUGUUGGUUCAUUUAUUUUUUCAUUACCACACUUUACGUCCGAUGUAUAUAAUUUUGGACGUGUCGAUGAUGAUCAGCUUUGUCUCAUUAAUGGAUCGUCGUCAUGUUCUGCCAAUUCUGCCUCGACUAGUAAUCUGUCCGUCUCCGACUACAAAUAUGUGUUCUACCUAGCCAUGCUAUUAAUGGGCGUAGGAAGUGUGCCUUUAUUUACAUUAGCACAGCCUUUUUUGGAUGAAAGUGUUCCUGUUCGCUCAGCGUCCUUGUAUCUAGGUAUAUAUCAUUGUUGUAAUGUACUGGGUCCUGCUGCUGGCUACAUCAUUGGUGCUGUAUCGCUGUCGUAUUAUGUUGACAUAGACAGAAUACAAACGGUGACUAUAAACUCCGAGAGUUCUCGUUUUGUUGGUGCUUGGUGGGUGGGCUUCCUUUUUGGUGCUAUAUUGGCUGUUAUUAUGUCUAUCCCGUUGAUGGGUUUCCCCAGAAUGUUACCAAAGUCGACAGACUACAAGGAAGGGCGCGAGAAGGAGACAUAUAAGACAGGGGGUCAGUUGGACAGAUCCCUUGGGGAUGGAGAACGGGAGGGAGAAGGGAUUGGGGAGAGAAAAACUGGGAUUUUGGAUGUAUAUAAAUCUUUCAGGGUUCUCUUCAUGAACCCUACAUUUGUGUUCCUGACCUUGGCUGAAACAACUGAGGGUUUUGUGCUGGCAGGGUCGUCCACAUUUCUGCCCAAGUUUGCAGAGGUUCAAUUCAGUUUGCCAGCCGCAACAGCAGCCCUAUAUGUUGGGGCAGCUAUUAUUCCGGCUGGUGGAUUAAGCACGUUCAUGGGUGGGUUCAUUGUAAAGCGAUUUAAUCUGUCUGUGAGAGGAAUCCUCAAACUCUGUGUUGGACUGAUGUCGAUGGCCACAGUCCUGGGGCUGUUUCUCCUCAUUCACUGUCCCAGCGUACCCUUUGCUGGUGUCAAUAUCGAGUACGGUGUACCUAGCUCCUCAGGGACCAAAUUCCUGGGUAGUUUUCGCUCUGACAGUUGUUACCAGAACUGUAGCUGUACCCAAGCUGAUAACUACAAUCCUGUAUGUGGUGUUGAUGGAAUCACUUUCUACUCCCCGUGUUAUGCUGGCUGCUAUAACAUUGACAAAACGACAUCUCCCUGGUCAUAUCGUAACUGUUCCUGUGUGGAGGCUGUAGGAUCAGCAGUGUUUGAGGCUCAACAGGGCACAUGUGAGAGUACAUGUACACUUCUGUCUCCAUUUCUCAUCCUCAGUACCAUCUUUGUACUUACCAAGUUCAUGGUCGCCAUACCAGCUCUGACUGCAACUCUACGAUGUGUGCCUCACAAGCAGAGAGCAUUUUCUCUGGGAAUUCAGUGGACAGUAUCCAGAUGCCUUGGGUUUAUCCCAGGGCCUAUCGUAUUCGGGAAGUUGAUUGACCUGGCUUGUCUGUUGUGGCAGACGGAUUGCGAGAAUGAGGGAUCAUGUUUCUUCUACAACAACGAGAAGAUGAGUUACUUGGCUAUGGCUAUCAUGUUAUGUGCGAACGUGGUCACAGCAUUCUUUAUCUUUCUUUCCUUACGUCUGUAUCGCACUACGUCAGCAAAGAUUGCUACAGAUCAGAAUAAGCCAGCUGACAGUAGCUUCAGAGAAGUGGAUACCAACAUGUCAGCAGAGUGUAAAAAAGAGUCCAUUUUGAAUGGAGAAAAUAUUGUUGCUGAAAUGAACAGUGGAAAUUAUUUCUCUGACAACUGUCACAAGUUGUCAAUGAGCGGUAUAAAAAAAUGUGACCUUGAAAGUCCUGAAUCAAGGGCAGAGAGUCUAGAUAACUCCAAUAACACAUUGACAACUUCAUUAUAG